ACCAUGUUACGAUUGGCAACUGUGGCUACCAAUCACCAUCUAGUAAUCCGGUUAGUUUGGGGUUUUUUUUUCCGCCCAUUGUAGGCGGGACUUGAAGCGUAGAGCAUUUGCUUUCCCGAAAGUGUACAAAAUACACGAUACGGGACAUUGUAGUUGUGAAUAUUACAUAUCUAUAGCAAAUUUCGUCACCUUAGCACGUUUAGCUGUCAGCGAAAAAUGUCUAGAAAAAGCCGGCGCCUCAUAACCAUAGCACGCCUUUAAUGCUUUGCCGCUUUCAACUGUAAAUACAAAAGGUGCUCGCUCGACAAACAGUCGGGGAGCAUUUACAUUACACUUGACGGGCAAGUGAAUCAUCGAAUAGAAACAAGGCAUUGUGCUAAAAUUAGCAAUCUUGUUGACCAAUCGGAGGGUUACUGCCCCCAAGUAGGCGGGACUUAUAGUCUGGAGGGUCCUUCGAGGAGAAUCAUUUCCCCAAAAUGUACAAAUUACACAACAUAGGACAUCGUAGUUUUGAAUAUCUCGUCUUGAUAAUAAACGUCUUCAUGUUUUUAGGGUUAGCUGUUAGCUACAACGACGGGUAAACGGUAAAAGCACACUAUAAUUGCAGCCAUAUCACUUUUCAACUGUAAAUAAAACACGAGGGAUCGCGUCACACAGGAGGGGUUGCCAUUCAUUUGACGAGCAAGGGAAAGCAACGAAUAGAAACGUAGGAGCACAGCAAAUUACAGGAUUGGCAACCGCGGUGACCAAUCGGCAUCAAGUAUCUGCCAUCCUGCAUCUUUGCUUCGUGAGCAUAGUUGGAAAAGCGAGUGGAAGACACGCAGAGACGGGCUGCUGGUGGUGAAGAUGGCGGAUGGGGACAGUGGAAGUGAGCGCGGAGGUAGCAGCGGCGGAGGAGGGGGAGGUAGCGGCGGAGGAGGUGGCGGCUUCCAGCAUUACCAGCGCGAGCCCGAGACUCAGGAGCUGGCCUCGAAGCGGCUGGACAUUCAGAACAAACGCUUCUACCUUGACGUGAAGCAAAACGCCAAAGGCCGGUUCAUCAAAAUCGCCGAAGUCGGUGCCGGGGGCUCGAAAAGUCGGCUGACGCUCUCCAUGUCGGUGGCGGCUGAGUUCCGUGACUACCUCGGGGAUUUCAUCGAGCACUACGCCCAGCUGGGGCCUAGCACUCCGGAGCAGAUCGCACAGUCGACGGGCGGCGAUGACAGCGGGCCUCGGCGGGCCUUGAAGAGCGAGUUCCUGGUGCGAGAGAACCGCAAAUACUACCUCGACCUGAAGGAGAACCAGCGGGGCCGCUUUCUCCGGAUCCGGCAGACCGUCAACCGAGGCCCGGGCUUCGGCAUCGGCGCGGGGGGCAUGCCCGGCGCCGGCAUGCAGGCCGGACAGACCAUCGCGCUCCCAGCCCAGGGUCUGAUAGAGUUCCGCGACGCUUUGGCCAAGUUAAUCGACGACUACGGCGGCGACGACGACGAGCUGGCCGGCGGCGGGUCAGGAGGGGCGGUCGGGUACGGCGAACUCCCGGAGGGCACCUCUAUCAUGGUGGACUCGAAGCGCUUCUUCUUCGACGUGGGCUCCAACAAGUAUGGUGUGUUCUUGCGGGUGAGCGAGGUCAAGCCCAGCUACAGGAACUCUAUCACGAUACCCUUCAAAGCCUGGGCCAAGUUCGGCGGCGCGUUCAGUCGCUACGCCGAGGAGAUGAAGGAGAUCCAGGAGCGCCACCGGGACAAGGGCUUCGAACGCCGGGCCGCAGCGGAAGAGUCCGAAGGUGACGACGUGGACGACGACUGACGGGACGGACGCCCCACGGAUAUUCUUUUGGGGGUGGGGGGGGGGUGCUUUUAUGCUCAAUAUGACACAAACGAGAUCCAGAGUGAGGAACGACCAUUGCGUGCAUGACGAAUCGAACUAUUUUCAAACGCGGAAGUAAAACGAGAUAUUUAUGACUGAGAAUUUGGUGUUUAGAUACACACAUAUAUAAAUGUGAGGGGAAAAAAAGCUUUGCUGAAUGUUAUAGAUGGAUACAUAUUUAGGUCCUGUAUGAAAUGCCCCUAUUGAUAGAUAAUACAGUAUAUACAUUUAACUGUAUAAAUACUAUAUUGAUUGUACAUUUGAUAGCAGUAAAGCUCAAGGCAGACGGAUAAGGUUCCACUUCCUGGUUGAGAGCCAAUCAAAAGAGCGCACCUGCUCGCGGAUCUGUCAAUGAGAAAUAUUCCUCGAGAGCCAAUCAGUGGGACUUACCCGAUUUGCAGUUUGUGGAACCCACCCAGCAACAAACUGGCAGAAAGGCGUCAAUUUCAGUUAAAGUUUCCACUUCCUGGUGGAGAGCCAAUCAGAAGAGCUCGCCUGACUUGGUAGGAGCUGGACACUUGACAACAGGGAAGGCGUCCAUUUUGGGGAGACGGCGUUACAAGCACACUCUUUGGAGGGGAAUCUUAACCCAACCCCACCCGGGGGAGGCCAUUUUGACUCAGGAGUUGGCAACACUUAGGAGAUAUAUUGGUACAACCCAAUGUUUCUGAGGUGUGCAGGUUUGUUUUUGCUUGUUUGACAUCAGUGUCACGUAAGCAAAGUCCCUCGAUUGGCUCCCCAGUUUUCAGGCUCGCCGAUGGGAAUUUUGGAUUUCUUUGGGUUAAAUUAGCUGCUUUCGGAUGGAUAAAACAAAAACUACAAGGGUGCUGUACUAAAGUAUAUAAAAAAACAGAAUUAUUUUUCAAAAGAGAUUUAUUGAAUUAUGUCUCAAAUGUGAGACCUUUAUUAUUAAAGUGGCUUAUUUAAAAAAAACACACAAAGGAUGAGAUUUGGUCAUACCUGCUUUUUGUUUUUCUUUUAAUUCGCAGAGAGCAGGGUUUCCUAAACUGAGGCUCAGGAGGCCAUUUUGAACCCUGGCAGGGUUUUUAUUUUUUACCAGUUGUGUGCUGUUAUUUUAUAUGUUGGUACCGAAUAAUGAGUACAUUUAUAUUAAGUGUGAGUUCCAAAUCGGAACAACAUUGUCUCACCACAAACUUUCCAAAGUUUCUCAUAAUGAUAUUCGACCUGCAAUAAUAGGGCUGUAUCCUCAUAACGUGAAUAUUUUUCAAGAAAACAUUUAUGCGAAUAAAGUACAACUACAACAUACAGUACAACUUUGCUACUUAUUUAACAAAAUGCAUCUUUAAUAAUUUUACAGCGUUAUUCUCGUAACAUCCCCUCCUAAAAACGUCUCAUAACACCUUUUAUUACACAGAACUUUAAAAGAAAACUUUAUUCUCGUGACAUGGCCGAUUUCUCAAAAUUGACUUAAUGACUGCAGGAAAAACUGCAACUUUUCUCAUAUUAAGACUUCAUUCUAAUUAAAUACUUUUUUUCUAUGACUACAACAUGAAAAAAAGACAAUACUGGUCAAAAUCUUUUCAUGGGGAACAAAGACUAUUAGGACGAUUUAAAUUAAAAUAAAUAACCAUAUGUAAUAAAAUGUUGCAACUUCUGAAUUUAGAAAUUGAUUUUUAGAACAUCACAAGUUUUUCACAAAAUACUUUGCCAUUAUUAUGUUAUUAUUUUGAAAUAUUUUAUUCUCAAAAGACUCACAACUUUUGUUCCCCCCCCCCGUAAAAGCUUUAAUUAAUGAGAACUCAUUAAUAUUCCAACUAUAUUGUAGUAAAAUACAAUAUGAAUAAAAUCACACACAACAAAAAGACUUUUUCGACAAAAUGAUGCACCUUCCUGUUUUUCUCAGAAUUUUGACUUUUACUGUAAUAUCACUUUGGUCUUUUCCUGUAGUAUGCAAAAUAAAAACGUCUUUAUCCUCGUAAUAUUUCGACUAUCCAGGAAAAAUACAUAUUUUCUUGCAAUAUUACAACCUAAUUCUAAUGACACUACAUAGCCUUUUCCAAACCUUUAUCAUAACUUUACACAUUUAAAAAAAUGUUCUUGUAAAAUUUUCACAUGUAAUAACACUAACAAACUUAAUUCUUAUCACAUGAUGAACUAUUGUCCUAUUAUCAACAUGGAAAAAUACUACAAGUACUAUUUAUUGUUUUGUAUUGUUGCAUGAAAAUAUCAUUAAUCAUUUUAAGAAAGAAUACUUUUUGUUGUAAUGUCCUUUUUCCCUCAUAACAUUCUGUGUCCUGGGGGGAAUUUUUGUUGAUGGAUGCCUCUUGUAAUUGCAGUCAUGUCUGUUGUGUUGUAUAUCAUUAAUUUCUAUGUUAACAGACAAUUUUAGUUUGGGAAACCCUGCCAUAGAGUUGAACAAAUUGCUACUAAAAGAGUGUAUUUGUUUAAUAGCAGCACUCCUGCUCACUUUACAGCACAUCAGGCCUGUUUGUCACCAUUUUUUUUCCCCCCUCGAUAGCCCCUCCCCAUCAAAAAAAACCUACCGUCAACUUUAAAAAAAAUAUUGCAUGCCUACUCUUUCGCUGCCUUUUUUUUUUUGCGUGCCGUAUAUUUAUCCUUUAUUUUGCAAGUUUUUGAUUUGCUGACACAAAAAAAGAACAAGCAUCACUCAACUAUCAUUUGUCGUUGCCCCGCCUCCUUUUCUGAAUUUUUUUUUUUUUUGUUUAAACCACAGCAGAAAAUCUCCAUAUGAAAUAACACACAUACUAUCACCUGGGAGCAAUUUUAUUUUCUAUUGACUUAUAAAUACAUAAAUAUAUAUAUAGAGAGAGCUACAACAGACAAAAUUGAACAAGAUCCUUCUUCCAGUACUGUGUUCUGUGAAAUGGCAGCUGUUUUCAGUCAUGUGUGUUCUGCUGUAAAAGUUGUUUUCCACGACAAAUGAUGAUGAUGAUGAGGAUAAUUAAAAAAAAAACGUUUUUGCUCAGGACACGAGUGGUUGUUUUCCUCCAGUGUAAACCUCCUCCAAGGCUACAUACGCCGUAAGGUGGAUUUCAUUCUCGUGAGUUUUUUUGUUUGUUUUUGUGGGGGGCAAAAGCCUUUUUUCCCCUUCAUAAUAUAACUAAUCUCAUCCAAUCAACAUGCAUCAUAAAUCACUUUUCGUAAGAUAAUGCACAGGUAAAGGAAAUCACAAUUUUUUUUUGUGCAAUAUACCAAUAACCCUUUCAAUGAUUGACUCUUAAUUUGCCUGCACGUAUUCCCAUUCAUCCAUUUCUUUUCAUUCUCAGGCCAUUGAAUGGAUGGCAACUGGACUGUUGUUUUUGUCUUGGAAGAAAUUUCACUUCUCAUGUGAGCAGCCUUCAUUUCACGCAACAGGGCAUAUAGUCAGGACAAUCGUUCAUUUACAACUUAUAAAUUUACUUCACAAAAAUGAACUUAUUUUAACAACUACAAUUAUGUUUGUAUAUUUUUGUAACAUAACAGAACUUUUUAAUUGUAUUAGUAUGAUUUUUCUCUCAUAAUGCAAUCCCACUCUAUAAACACUACAAUUUUCCAUCCAUUUUCUUGGCCGCUUAUCCUCAUGAUGGUCGCGGGUAGUGCUGGAGCCUAUCCCAGCUGUCAAUGGAAAAGAGGCAGGGUACACCCUGAACUGGUUGCCAGCCAAUUGCGGGGCACAUCGAGACAGACGCACUCACAAUCACACCUACGGGCAAUUUAGAGUGUCCAAUUAAUGUUGCGUGUUUUUGGGAUCUGGGAGGAAACCGGAGUGCCUGGAGAAAACCCACGCAGGCACGGGGAGAACAUGCAAACUCCACACAAGCGUGUCCGGGAUUGAACUGUGAGGCCAAUGCUUUCCAGACGACCCACCAUGCCGCACUACAAUUUUAUUGUCUUCAAUUUGUGACUUUUUCAAGAAUUAUUAUUUUUUUUAAUUUGUGGAAAAAAUUACUUCAUCUUUUAAUUUUACCAGUAAUUUGCUAACUAACAUUUUUUUUAAAAAAAGUUUCCUAGUAAUGCUGACCUUUUUUCUCCUAAUAUAAAAAUUAAGUCAUCUCAACUCCUUGGAGCAUAGCUAUUAAAGAUUUUAUUUAUAAAAUAUUGCAUUCUUCUAACUAGUGUGAUUUUUUUUCUCUCAACUUCCAGAUUUAAUAUGGAAUCUUUCAAUGCUCUAAAUUUACUGUCCUUUGAUUUGGUUCUCUUGUUUUUCCUGACUGUAAUUUUACAUUAUUCUCUUAAUGAUUUUCUUGUGUAAAGUUAAUUCUUGUAUUUCCUAGCAUCCCAAUAAAUUUGACAACUUUACUCCCCCAAUGUUACAAAUUGUACAAAUAAAAAAAAACAAAUCCCAAACUGUAUAGUGUAUACCUAAUAUUUCACGUGGGCCUAUAAGGGGUCCAUGUGUGCCCCCUAAAAAUACACACAGAGGUCAACAGGGUGAUGAAAGGCUUGACAGAGCGUGUUUUAUUUUGGAGGUUCUGAAAAUGAAUCAGCUGUCAUUUUAUUUUGUUGUUACUGACUUUGAAGCAGCUGUCAGCCGUCAGUAUCAACUUGGACUGGGCCUCGGAGGGCGACAUUAAGGCCAAAGGGGUAGCCUCGUGUUAUUGAACACACACAUGUGCAGGCUCUGCUUUCGUGAAAUUGUGGGAAAAUAUUGAAAUUCUUUACUUUGUAAAAUUACAAAUUGGUUUUAGUAAUUUUACUAUUGCAGGAACUUUAUGAUUGUCCGAUACAGUGGAACGUUGGAGUUUUAACAUAAUUCUUUCUUAUGAGGUGCUCAAAGUCCCCUGAAACAUUUUUUCCCCAUAGGAAAUAAUGAAAAUGAGUUUAAUCUGUUCCCAACCUCCAAAUAGUAAAUUCCUAUUUUAAUUACUCAUUAUAUAAAAACAUGUAUACUCUGCAUUUAAACAAUAAAAAAUGCAUACAUUUAAAGCAACUUAAAUGUGUAUUAUUUACCUUUUUGGUCACAGAGUGAUAGCAUCAGAGGGACCCAAGAAGGAUGCAGGAUGUUUUAUGCCAAAGUCACCCUCCAUAAUUUGACGGCGUAAUGCUCUGGUAGCUUUCCUAUUUAUUCUAUUAUCUCUGGUCUUUCCUUUGUAAUGCUAGUCACUCCUGUGUCAACACUAGUUGCCUUUUACAUAAUUUUUGUUCUUUCGGAUAGUUGAAAGUGUCGACAUACACAUUUGAUGCUUGCAAGUGCCAUAGCACUCAAUUUUUUUUUAAUCUUCUCGAUUAUCUCUUUUAAAUCCUCUUGGGUUUGCCCAACUUUCCUUUUUCCUUUGGUGCUCUGAGCACCCACCGCUGUUGGGCCCAUUGCAAAAAAAAAAAAAAAAAAUACUGGGGGGGAAAAAAAUCUCGAGAAGCACUCAUGAAUGUGCAUGCUUACACAAUAGAGCUCGUGUACGUGACGUCACUUUUUUCACGGCGCUAUAUUGCCGGUCAAAAAAAAGCUGCUCGACAGUGUGGGGGACAUUGAGCCGGAGCAGAAUAUUCACAAUGACCGAGAUUUGUUGUGCUGUUGGUUGUUACAACAGAUGAGACAGAUUUUCAGAGCUCAUUCUCUGGAAGACCAGCUGAAAAGAUCAAUCGAUUUCGGCAAUUAAACGUGAUGGAUGGGGCCCAACCAAAUACACACGAUUGUGUACCAAUCACUUCAUUUUAGGUAGGAAUUAUUCUUCUCCAUCUCAAAUUCCCAAGAAGUAUUUAGAAUGCCAAGUUGGCUCAUUUGAGAACAAUCCGUAAAAAAAAAAAAACGACAACAGGGUAUCAUC